CUCUCUCUCUCUCCACGGAUUUCAAGGAAAGCUUGAUCCUUUUAAUUUAAUAUUUUUAUUCGAUCAAUACCCUUUUCUUUCUCUUUUAGUUUUCUUUCUUGCUCGCUAUCUCAAGGUCGAGUUCACAACGGUUGUGAUGAUGAUGACAAUGGCUGCUGCUACUUCUUCGGACCGUGUUUGUUCCGAAGAAAUCUCGUAGAGACGAGAAAACCCAUUUUCCUGUAGGUUGCUUGGUUGGAAGGGGGGACACUACCAGCUAUGGGAAAUCCCCUCUGACAAAAGCAUUGUUCUUUGAACUGGGUUUCAUGGAAUGAACGCCAAGAAUGUUGGGCCAAGAGGAAGACUUGCCUUUCUUUGAUGCCUACGAAGAUAUGGCAUCGAGUUCAAUCCUCACUGGUUCAAAUGAUUCCGAUGGUGGUAGCUUCCUGUUCGAUGUAUGGAACAGCUGCAAUGAAAGUGUAAUGGAGAGGAGGAGGAAGUUCUUGGAGUGGAUGGGAGUUGAUGAAGAGCGUGUCAGACCCGAAAAUUCGGUUUCUGCAAGCGAUGCAGAACCGGAAUUUGAUACAGCUCGAGAGAAUCAAACUGGCCAUGGAGGGUUCAGUAGUUCUAACACCGAUCUUUCGGGUGAGUUGCCUCCUGGAGCAGAUGAAAAUGUACGUGGUGGAUGCGAUGGAACAAGAACGUACAGUUCUUCCAUGGCCUCAUGUUCUAAUUCCAGAAGUUACCAGGGGAAGGAAAGUGAGAAGCAAAGCAAUAUCUUGGGGAUGGUGAAGAGUUUUAAGAAGGGCUGGUUUGGUAGGCUGAGGUCUAUGGGGUGUGCCAUUGAUGAGGAGGUUGAAUCUGGUAGAAUGAGAGCUUCUGGUUAUGGUGGAUUAGGUUCUGUUCACAGGAUUUGCAGAGUUAAGGUUAAGCAUUGUAGGAAGCAGGUGAAGGAAUUCUCCGCAAUUUAUCAGAGACAAAACGUUAAGGCUCACAAAGGUUCGAUCUUGACGAUGAAAUUUAGCUGUGACGGGAAGUAUCUUGCAAGUGCAGGUGAAGACGGGGUUAUUCGUGUGUGGAAAGUAUCCGAGGAUAAGCUAUCCAGACAACGGGAUUUUCCCGAGAUAGAGUCUUCAUGUACGUACUUCGAGGUAGAUGAUGAUCUUUCCCGGUUGAAACCAGUCUCGGUGGACCGGAAGAAAACGAAAACAAAGAUGCCAAAGGGUUUGAGGACAACAUCAGGUUCAGCUUGCGUUGUUUUCCCUUCGAAAGUUUUCCGGAUAAAGGAAAAACCUUUACACGAAUUUCGCGGGCACAAAGGCGAAAUCCUGGACAUUUCCUGGUCAAGUAAUAAUUAUCUUCUUUCGGCGUCUAUGGAUAACGACAUCAGGCUAUGGAGGGUCGGUGGCAACGAUUGUCUCGGAGUUUUCCCCCACAAUAGCUACGUAACCUCAGUACAGUUCAACCCGGCUAACGAAAACUACUUCAUUAGCGGUUCAAUCGAUGGAAAAGUUCGCAUCUGGGAAAUUUCUGGUCGUAGAGUUGUCGAUUGGGCCGAUAACAGAGAGAUCAUCUCCGCAGUGUGUUAUCGUCCGGAUGGACAGGGCGGAAUUAUCGGCUCUCUGACCGGAAAUUGUCGAUUCUUUGACAAGACUGGAGAAUACUUAGAGCUGGACUCUCGGAUACAUAUUCUUAACAAGAAGAAGUCAUUGAAUAAAAGGAUAACUGGGUUCAAGUUUUUGCCACGUGACCCGAGCAAAGUUUUGGUAGUCUCUGCUGAUUCCCAAGUCCGAAUUCUUCAGGGGAAUAACGUGAUCGGAAACUACAAAGGCAUGUGGAAGAACAGAAGCCUCACGUUUAUCUCCCUUACUUCUGAUGGAAAUCAUAAUCAUAUCGUAUCAGCUUGUGAAGAUUCCAAUGUGUACAUAUGGAACAGAGACGACGCUCCCAAAGAAUCGGAUUCUUGCCCGGUGAAAAAGAUCCGAUCUUUCGAACGUUUCUCCACCGAUGCAUCGGUGGCGACGACAUGGUGCGGAUUCCCGGCCGAAAGGGCUUCUCGGCAAGCUCUUCUCCCGUUCCCUUCUCCGCCCUUUUGCUUGUCCCUAGAGGAAGGAUUUGGGAUUGGAAUGGGACCUUCUUCUUUCAAAAGAUGCCCGACUUGGCCAGAAGAAAACCUCCCUGCUGCUAUGCCUGUUUCCCGACACAAGUUCCUCAGCACGAGCUCUCUCGCUUGGGGAACGGUUAUCGUGACCGGAGGUCGGGAUGGACGGAUCAGAACGUUCCAGAACUACGGCCUUCCGGUGGUAACUUAAAAGGGAUCAUAAUCCGAAUCAGAAGCCCAUCGUUCCAUUCCUUUUCAUUCACCUUACGAAGUUAUGGGCUGUUCUGUUGUGUCGGAACAGAUCUGUUCGAAGCACGUUGAUCAAGAAAUGGCGAUAUGGGGACGGAGACAUUGAUGGACUCUGGAAGAUCAGAAGUCUUUGAGAAGGGCCGGUGGAGAUUCUUUUUACACGCGUUUGUUUCCGUCAAUCUCUUCAAUAUUAUAGAAUGAUGAGAAGAAAUCUUCGUGGAUCGUUACGGGUUGUCGAAACAAGACAUUGAAGUUUUGUCGUAACGGAAAUGGCCUUUCUUUUCUGUUUUUUUUUUUGGGGGGGGGGGAUUUUUGGUUGAAUUUCUAACAAUAGAAAGUUUGAUUUAUUCACUAAUAACAGUUCUAACGUAGAUGUUGUAAGAUUAGACGAGAAUAAAGAUAUAAAAUGGAUUGGUUCGAGAUAGGCUUGGAUAA